UAAUUAAGGAUCAUCCUAUACAGCAAAAGAUUGUUAAAGCUCUCAGAGAAUAUCGUAAUCUUCACUCGGUGCAGCAUCGGCUGGGGUCUAGAUUAAUAUACCCAGAGUCUCUGAAGUUCUUGCCAUUGUACGGAUUGGCCAUUUGUAAGUCCACACCUCUUCAUGGUGGACCAGCUGAUGCUUCACUUGACGAACGAAGUGCGGCAGGCUUCACCAUGAUGGCCCUGCCUGUCAAAAAGCUAUUGAAGCUGUUAUAUCCCAGUUUAUUCCGUGUUGACGAAUGGCUCUUAAAGCCAUCGGCAGACCAUGAUGACCUUAAGGACGUACUAAGGAGAAUGCCUCUGGCUGCAGAGAGUUUGGAUUCUAGAGGCCUUUACAUUUACGAUGAUGGGUUUCGAUUGGUGUUGUGGUUUGGUCGGAUGCUUUCACCUGACAUUGCUAAAUGUCUUCUUGGGGCUGACUUUGCAGCAGAGCUCUCAAGGGUUACACUGCAAGAGCAAGAGAAUGGGAUGUCGAAAAAGCUAAUGAGGCUGAUAAAGAAAGUGAGGGAGAAUGAUCCGUCAUAUCAUCCCAUGUGUUUGCUAGUGAGGCAAGGAGAACAACCCCGAGAAGGCUUCCUUCUCCUCAGAAAUCUCAUCGAUGACCAGAUGGGCGGUUCGACUGGUUAUGUUGAUUGGGUUGCAUUCAAAGAUUGAUCGUGGAAAAAGUGG